ACACCGGCGACGGUCUCGCCUAUUACCUCAAGAUUAGACCGGGCAGAGAGAAAAUCGUGACCGGCACACCAGACAAGGAUCUUCACGACGAUGAUUUCUUCUGGGUGUCUGGUAACUACGAGACAGCCGAGGUACCGGGCUGGAUGAUUAGCAAAAAUUUUGGGAGCACAUGUAAGCCGUGCAAAUUAUCUCGGUUUUUACACUUGAUGUUUCUGUAGACUAAUGAUUCUCUUGUUUCUUUUGCAGCCAUCCAAGCCUUGCAAGCCAACUACAACUUCCCCAACGUAGAAGCGAUCAGGACCGCGCUUCGCUACCGCGACCGAGAUUGUAACCAACUCCUCGGCUACAGUCCCACAUAUAGAUACUCUGCUCCCCGCCGGAGUAAGGUCACCGACUUCCUCCGAGCUCCAACUCCUCCACCGGAUCCUACUCUGCCAGACGUGCCCCUCGUUCGCCUGACCGAAGAACAAGAGAUGGCCAAGCGCAGCAGAAUCAAGAACUUGCUCACCGCCACAUCCGCCGAGCUGCCGAGCGUUUCAACUCGCUCACCCGUCGCCGGUCAAUCCAGUGGCGCUGUGGUCGCCCUUGCCUCUCAACCGACCGGCCAAUCCAGCCGAGAACCUUCUGCACGGCGGGCCGGGAAAAGGGCUCGGGCAGACCCAUCUUCCGAGUUAGUCGCCGAGCUAACUACCGAGCAUCCGACUGACGCCCCCGCCCCAGUACCGGCCUGGCGUCCACAGUUGAAACACCGGGGUCAGGACAUCCCGGCAACUGCCUCGAUCAAGGCUGACAAAGAGCAUCUGCUCGCCUUUGAUCUGUCCAAAGCAUUCCUACUACCGAGCGACGUGGUCGGCAGUGACCACGUCCCUGACACUCGGUUGGUCAAGUCAUCCGUGAAGUCCAUGGCCAGGGCCAUUCAAAAACAACAUCUGGUUUUGGAGCGCAUCCACCGGCUCAGGCAGAAAGCCAACGACACGGCCAGCCAGGUCAAGAGCCUUCAAGCCGAGCUCGGCCGGGCUAAGGCUUCACUUGAGAUGGCCAACACUGAUAAUAACAGGCUGCUCGGUCAGCUGAAUGCAGCCGAGAAAAAACAAAGUGAGCUCCAGGCCGAGGUUGACACUUUGAAGAAGGCGAAGAGGAAGGCUUGCCGGGAUGCCAACAACGCCGGGUUCAACGAGGCCGAGCAGAGCUACAAGAAGCAGGUCUUUGCAACACAAGACAUCUACUUCAAGGCCGGUUGGAAGUCCGCCUGCGAACACCUCGGCCAAGGCUCCGACACUGACGUAUUUGCCAACCCUCCCCCAGCUUCUCUACCGGUCUGCCUUGUGCCUUACGCAAAUGACGUAUUCAGCGCUCUGCAAGCGGAGGCCGAGGAGGGACUUGAAGAUGGAGAGGACAACACAGAUUCGGAGGCAGAGGAGGCCGAGGUGCCAGAACAGCUCGGCAGUGCUGAGCCCGGUGCCCAAGAAGUCAGCCCUACCGUCAACCUCGAUGCCGGCGAAGACGAGUUCACCAAUCUCUCCCCAUUAGUUUAG